AUGGCCAGCGAGGCUGCAUUCGAGCCUAAGGAAGGUAGCAUGGAAGUCGUCUACGUUGAAGACCCAGGCGGCGCCAAGAUGAAACUGCAGCUCAUCGACGGACAGUACUACCCCACAUUUCCCACUGAGGUCAUCAGGAAUUUGCACUCUCUCAAAAUCCGCGAGGAUGAUGUGGUUCUAGCCGGCUAUCUUAAAACAGGCACUCACUGGGUUUGGGAAAUCCUUCGCAUGCUUCUCGCUGGAUCCACGGAAGUAUCAGACGCAGAGAAAGACCAAGGCAUGAUAGAACAAACCGAGCAGAGUGUCCUAGAUGCCAUGCCGUCUCCUCGGGUAUUGAACACGCAUAUUGUGUACUUGACCAGAAAUCCCAAGGACGUGGCGGUUUCCCUGUAUCACCAUCAUAAGAAGCUUCAGGAUUACUACUGUUACGAUGGGACUUUUGAGAAUUACCUGCAUUUGUUCGUGGAGGGGAAAGUGGAUUACGGCUCGUGGUUCAAGCACAUCAAGAACUGGAGCGUGGCAGCCAGACAGUCGGACCUGAUGGUUCUGGAGGUCAACUAUGAGGAUAUGUCUAAGAACCCAACAGAACAGAUACAAAGGAUGGCUGCGUUUCUGGAUUUGAAUCCUUCUGAUGAUCUAAUUAACAGCAUCAAAAGUGAAUGCUCACUGGACCGCAUGCGUGAUAAAAAGGGGAAAUACGACUUAGAUGCAGAAGGGAAAUCCAUCAUGUACAGAAAAGGUCAAGUUGGAGACUGGAAGAAUUAUUUCAACGAUACUACCAAUUCCUGGUUUGAUGCUGUUUAUCAAAAAGAGAUGGCCGCUAUAGAAACGACUUUUCACUGGGCGUUUGAACUAGAAUGA